AUCCAUUCGUUCCCAAUCGACCCUACCGCCGACACCCUAUCUCUAUACGUCGCUUGGCUGUGUACCUACAUAAAACCCAAAUCCGUCGACACCUACCUUUCCGCUAUCAGCUCCGAACUCGAGGAUCUCUAUCCCGAUGUACGCAAGAACCGCCGGAGCGCCCUCGUCAAGAACACUCUUACCGGCGCCAAGAAGCGCUUUGGGACCGACACUAACCGGAAAGAUCCCCUCGCGAUCGAAGAUGUCAUCAGCGUCUGCGAGUCCCUGAUCGGCCCUUCCCACGACGAUCUCCUCUUCAUGGCGCUUCUCCUCUGUGCCUUCUACGGGGUACACCGACUAGGGGAACUUGUCGACCACGAUCGGCCUGACCUCCGCGACUCGAACAAAAACAUCAAACGUACCUCCGUCAAAUUCUACGAAAAAGACGAGUGCAUCUCCUAUUGGCUACCAAAGCACAAAGCCGACGCCCUCUUCGCCGGAUCCGAAGUCGUCAUCAAAAAGCUCCACGACGACCUUGAUCCGGUUCCCAUCGUACGCCGAUACAUCUCAUCUCGCGAUUCUCGCUUCCCCCUUCACUACCAGCUAUUCUUAACUUCCGCCGGGAACCCGCCCACGCGCGCGUGGUUCAUGCGUCGGUUCCGUCGUCAUUUCACCGGGAAUGUCAGUGGUCACUCCCCGCGUUCCGGUGCCGCCACAUUCCUCGCCACACUCGGCUGGCCUCGCGAUCUCAUUCAA